AUGGCCCGGAACAGAGUUCUUUCUUUUGUGUCCCAGUUCUCUGCUGCGGGUAGGGACCACAACAGCCGAACCCCGACACCUACUUCCAACUCGCCUCCAAGGAGCAACGGCACAACCCCGUUUCCACCUCUGCAGACCUCACUCGGCCACAGUCACGAAACCACAAACUCUGUGUUCUCGCCAACCCCAUCGUCGCCGACUCGACCCGAUUUUACUGCCUCGCCUGUGGCCGCGUCCCUGAACGGUGACUCACCCCCAGACUCGAGCCCACGCACAGGGAGGCAAAGAGCAAAUUCCAGGCCUCUUUCUAUGGUGCAAACGUAUACGCCGCCAAUCAUGGAUGUCAACGAGGAUACAAUUCCCGAAUUGCAACCAAUCUUUACCUUCCUCAACAAUCAUUCGAACAAGUUAUAUCAGGAGGGAUACUUCCUCAAGCUGGACGAUCAAAAUUCUCAGGGCCGACCGAACCCCGAUCGAACAUGGACCGAGUGCUUUGCACAGCUCGUGGGCACCGUCCUCUCUCUCUGGGAUGCCGCGGAGCUAGAUGCUGCGGGUGAACACGGAGAAGUUCUUCCAAAGUUUAUCAACUUAACAGACGCUUCGAUCAAGAUGAUUGAGUCUCUACCCACCAGGUCCAACGAUGAACAACCCCUCCAGAACAUUCUGAGCAUAUCGACUGCAGGUCGCAACCGUUACCUCUUGCACUUUAACUCGCACCAUUCUCUGAUUCAAUGGACUGCCGGCAUCCGUCUCGCCAUGUUUGAGCACACGACGCUUCAGGAGGCAUAUACUGGUGCGCUGAUAGCUGGCAAGGGCAAGACCUUGAACAACAUAGGCGUUGUGAUGGAGCGGUCUAGGCUCAAGACUGAAGACUGGGUCCGUGUUCGUUUUGGAGCUGGUGUGCCCUGGAGGAGAUGCUGGUGUGUAAUCACACCGCCGGAUGAGAAGGAAUAUCAGAAACAACAGAAGGAACUGAAGAAGCGUUCGCCAUACGAUCGAUCACCCGUUCCUGUUUUGAAGGGAGACAUUAAGUUCUAUGACACUAGAAAGGAUGGGAAGAAGCAGAAGAAGGCGAAACCGAUCGCCUCGAUAUCGGAGGCAUAUGCUGCAUAUGCAAUCUACCCACAGGCCAAAUCCCUUAUCGAUGCCUCGACCCUUCUCAAGAUCGAGGGCAACAUCACCAUUCACUCCGAACCGCCAUCAUCUACGGAAGGCUUCGUUUUCAUAAUGCCUGAAUCGCAUCCCGCUGUUAGUGGCUUCGAGAUGCUCCUGAGGUAUCUUUUCCCAACAUGGGACACAUUUGGUCUCUACGGCCGACCGGGACGCCUUAUCGCAAGCGUUCUAGACCAGCGAUCCCUCAUGUUUGGCAUGCCCAAACACAAAAAGUACGGGUAUUUGGAGAUCCUAGAUGUCACGAGCCUGAUACUUUCGGAUGGCAGCGGUUCCUGGUCAGAGAAGGAAUGGAGACGGCGUCUGAAGGAGCUCACCGCUGCAAGAAUGACUGCCAUGGACGAAGAUUUCAAGGCGAAUGGACAUAGCCGCAGUGCAAGUCGUCGAAGUGCCAGGCUUAGCAUCGGGCCCGGGUCGAGUGUCGGUCAGACAAGACCUCGGGUUAAUUUUGCUGACGAGUCGGAUACGAGGCGAACAUCGCGGUCCAUGACGGUGUCGGAAAGGCCCAGUCAUCGUAACGAUUCUGCGCCGCCGGCGGCAGAGAGACAACGUGUCCCGUCGCCUCCGACCAAUAAGGGCCACAGCCGCAAUGGUUCUGAUACACGCUUAGAGACACAGUUUGACAGACAGAUGCCGUUUCGCCACACGCCAGGCUUCGACAGCCCUGCUUCCGCAGCGUCUCCUUCGCCCAUGAAUGGAGGAACGCAGACACGUGGCUUCGUGAACGACUUGGCUUCUACGCCGGAGCGCCUCAGCUCGGAAGAUGAGCUUCCUUCGAAUCCACCGCCUCGAGACUUUGGAAAUAUGGAGCGCAUGCAGACGCCGGAGCCUGUUCAGCCUCCGCCGGCAUUCUCGCACGCCCCAUCGUCGCGACCAGCAGGAAAGCCCUAUCACUCACCCGAGCUUCGCAGAGCCAACAGCCGUCUAUCAAGCACAACUCUGGCACAGCUUGCCAAUGCUGGUGGCGUCAAGCCCGAGUCCUAUAAGGAUGAAUUCGGAAGAACGAGCAGCGAGUCUAGCUCGGGGUCACGACCUGUACAAGGGGACCCAAGAAGCCAAGCGGUACAUGCACACGUCAACUCUCUAGGGAUCACAGCUAAUUCUAACGGAUCUCGUGAAGCUAUAAAUCAAUCGAGUGACAGGUCUACCCCUACCCCUUCUGGGCAGCCUUCGGGCCCGGCAACGCCGCGGGACCCCGGUUCCCAGCUGCAUAAGUCACCACUGAACCAGGCAAUGUUGCCGCCGUCAGGUCAAGAGAUGGAGUCCCAUAGUUCACAUCCCCAAUAUGAAUCUCGAACAGGCAGCACCCCAUCGUCUGGGCCUGUCCAUAGGAAACCCUUACCCCAGCGGGCACAUGAUGCUCUUGCACAGGUUACCCGUCGAGACACACAGCUUAGCGAAACCAGCAACUAUGAUGACGAGGGCUCCGUUGAUGGCAGCCACGACUACGCAAGUACCACAUCAGCCGAAAGCAUCAAGUCUGUGGAGCGACCACGCAUGGGUGUUCUCAAAACUGUAGGUGCUGAGCAUAAUGCCCAGCUAACAAACGUCGAGAAGAGUUAUGACAUACCGCAAAUCGACUUUGGACCCACCAUCAACUAUGCAGCUACCAGUACACCUCGAAGCAAGACACCUACGCCAUUGUCUAACAAUGAAGUCUAUGGGUCCCGCGCGCGCUCACCCAAUACCAGCCUUUCACCCAGCCCUGGGCAGGGCCAUCAUCGUCAGGGCUCAAGCGAUACGCUGCGGAAGAUGGCAUGGCAGCCAAGCGCGAUUGCUGGUAGCUCAGAUCGUCCUGGUACACUCACCCCGGAACAGUACGUCCAGCAGAAAGCGGCAGCGGCAUCAGCCAAGCCUUUAUACGCACAUUCCCGCUCGCCUUCAAGCAACACGAUCAAUGCCAUGCGGAACAACACCCCAACCCCGCCCUUGGCCAAGCGGAGGUCCAGCUAUGAUAUGCUGCGCCCCAGAGAGGGCCAUUCGAGGUCAAGUUCGGCCGACCUGCUGAGACCCGGCUCCCAAGGCGCCCUUACAGCCCUUGGCUAUGGAUCUGGAGAUGUACCGACUCGCAUGCCGGCACGAGAGCAGGAAAACCUUGCCCGAGGGAGUGGUGGCCACCCAGUCUCGAUGGCUACAAACAAGGGAUCGAUGCAGUCCGGCGGUCUCGUGGGCGUAAUUCAGGCGAGGGAAAGAGAAAAGGCAGAGAUGAAACAAGGUGUCAGUUCAGCUUUGGCCUACGAGGCCAUGAAUCGGCAAGACCGUGAGAUGCGCCAGCAGCAUCAGCAACAACUACAGUACACAUCCCAAGCAUCUUAUGGUGCACCUUCUCAACCAGGCUUUGCUGGAGCUGGUUUACAUUGGGGUGGCCCCGCGUCAAUCCCACGUGUCCUGUACAAGGCUCACCAGCCUCCCAUUAUAACCCUGGAAGCUUCUCGCGACCUUGGCCACGUCAAGGUCAAGCGCAGGGGCUCUCAUCAGGAGGCUACGCAACGCCUCCCGCUGGAAGACACUCCCCGGGAGGCCGGUCAGAAGCCAUGGGCAACAUGGGACGUGGUACUCAGGCUCAUCGAGCAUCUGGACCCGACCGCCGUCGACGGCGCCACAAGGUUUCCCGCCUCGGUCGUGGGGAUGAGGAGGCUCCCUUGUCACCCCUCGUCGCUCUGCUCUUCGCUACCAAUCUACACGCCGCGACGGGCCAACCCCGCCACCCGCCUGCCGCGGUACCCUUUGGGCCCGCAAUCGGCAACAUGUCUUUGGUUCUCGGCCUGCGGUGAGCGCCGCUCGUCGUCCGACGCCUCACCCCGGACGCGACGACGUCGCGGCUCGCCUCUCCCGUUCCGCUUCGAAACGGGCGUCGCCCUCUUUGCAAAACGCACCCCGCGUCCGUUCCCACCACCAUUCCUCUCCCCACCGUCGGGCUCCUUCAGCGACCCCCUGAGCACUCACCACCGGAGCCGCGAUCGGCGGAGCGCCUACGUCAAUGGUGAGCUGAUCCGAGGCCGCACCAACGGCGACGACGCCGUGUUUGCCAGCGACAGCUUCAUAUGCGCCAACGACGGCGUCGGCGCCUGGUCCACGCGGCCGCGCGGCCACUCGGGCCUCUGGGCGAGGCUCAUACUGCACUUUUGGGCACAGGCGGUGGAUGGGGCCGCCGGGAGCAGCAGCAGCAACGAUCCGUCGUCGACUGGCGACGCCAGCGCCGGCGGUCAGCCGGACCCCGUCGCGCACCUGCAGAAGGCGUUUGAGCAGACGCAGGAGGCGACGAGCCCGCCAAACGACUGGCAGGGCACGACGACGGUCGCGGGGGCGCAGAUCUUCUAUCGGCAGCCCGACGGUGGAAGCGACGGUGCAGAAGACGGCUCUUCUCCGCCCGUCCCGGUGCUGUACGUCACCAACCUAGGCGACUCACAGAUCAUGGUGAUCCGGCCCAGCACGCGCGAGAUCGUGUUCAAGACGACGGAGCAGUGGCACUGGUUCGAUUGCCCGCGGCAGCUGGGCACCAACAGCCCCGACACGCCCGCAAAGAACGCGGUCCUUGACGUCGUGGAAAUACAGGAGGGUGACAUCGUCAUCGCCAUGUCAGACGGCGUCAUUGACAACCUCUGGCCGCACGAGAUUGUGGAGAGCGUCUGCAACUCGGUGAGCAAGUGGGAGUCGGGGGCUGUCCCGGUGGACUACAGCACAUGCGACGACGAUGGCGAGGAGUCGCAAGAAUUCGACGCGGAUGGCGAUAGGACUGGUGGCGCCAACGGCGGCAUGCAGCUGGUCGCCGACGAGCUGAUGGAGGCGGCCAGGGUCAUCGCGGUGGAUCCGUUUGCGGAGAGUCCUUAUAUGGAGCAUGCGAUAGAAGAAGGGUUGCCAAGCGAAGGAGGUAAAUUGGACGACAUCAGCGUAGUUGCGGCUCUAUGUCGUAGAACUACCACCAAGUAG